AUGGCAUCUGAGAAAAUUGAGGAAAUCGUCGAAGAACAAAUCCCAGACGGAGCUGAGGUCCACGUGCUGUCCAAGAACGAGAAAAAGGCCAGACAGAUGAUCCUGAAGCUGGGUCUGAAGCAGGUCAAGGGCAUCACCAGAGUCACCUUCAGAAAGAAGGGCAACUUCAUUCUGGCCAUUGACAACCCAGAGGUGUACAGGUCCGUGGCCGGCUCGUACGUCGUGUUCGGAGAGGCCAAGGUCGAGGACUUGAACAAGAGAUACGCCGAGGCUGCUGCUGCCCAGGAAGCUGCGCAACAGGCCGCUGCUGCAGUCAAGGAGGGAGACGCUCCAAAGGACCCAGAAUCCAUCACCGCAGACCUGCAGGCCGCCUCGUUGGCCGACAAGUCUGCUCCUGCCGAGGACGACGACGAGGAGGUCGACGAGACGGGCCUGGACUCGGGCGAUAUCGAGAUCAUUGUUGAGCAAACCAACGUCUCCAGAGCCAAGGCUGUGAAGGCCUUGAAAGAGCACAACGGAGACAUGGUCAAUGCCAUCAUGUCGCUGACUUCCUAA